GCAGCAUGUGUACAAGACAAGAAUUGUUUGGGGUGCAAAAGUCUACAGAGAAAAUUACAGUACAAUGUCUCAUCAUGUCUAUUCUAGCUAGAAAUGGACUUUAGGUUAAUCCCUCCUUAGUCCCUUGUUUUAGAUUCUGAGGGAGAAAAAGAAAAAAAAACAAACUAGUGGGAAUACUUGGCAAGUCAAAUAGAUUUCUGUUAGAACUAAGACAAGAUCAAAAAUAAUAUGAUUGAAGUUGCACAGAUAGUGGUGGAGUGGGGAGAUGGAGAACACAAGGAAAAGUUGCAAUUGGAUGGAGAUCUGAAGCUAUUGAAUGUCACGUGUGGUGAUGCUGGCUGAAAGUGGUUUGCUACUAAGAAGAGACAUUAAAUAGGAAAUCCCAGAAGAGAAGAGAGAGAAAGCAAAUCUGGUGUACAGGACUGCAACAGAUGACUAUUUUAAAUGGUUGAAUUUAAUGUUGAGCUGAGAUGGGGGAUUUGGUAUUAUUCCUAGAAAUUGCAUGGUGCUUCAUUAGAACAAUGUAACAGUCGGAGGUGAGAAUGGGGAUAGGAUAAAAGUUCAAGAGUACAAUUGUGGAUCAUUGAAUGUGUUCUGCAUUGAGGUUUCCCAACCUGCAUUUGUUUUCCCUGAUGGCAAGGAAUGUAGUAUACCCCAUGAGCAGUCAAUGUAGUAUACUAAGUUCAGAAGAAAUGCUUCGCCUGGAAAAAAGUGUUUGGGUGCCUGGAAUGGCAGGUAAUGUUUGCUAAAUACAUUCUGCUACUUCACUUCAAGUGAUGCUACAUUUAUAUUAAGCUAAAAUACAGGGAAUGAAAAAUGCUGUCGCUAAAAAUGACAAGAAAAGAAGAAAACAGCUAGUAGAAGAAGUAGCAAAAAUUGAGGCCGAGCUGGAACUAAGGCAUGAGGAGGAACUUAAGCAGCUCUCACUUGUUAAGUCUAGUACGGUUGAAUCUUCCACCAAUGGGGUUGCAAAUUUGGAAUUGGAGAUCAAUAAUGGGAAAGAAGUUAAACAACCGCGGGUGUCCAAAGCACAGAAGAGGAGGGAGAAGAAAGCUGCUCAGGAGAAAGAAAGAGAAGAGAGAAUAGCUGAAGCUGAAGUUGAGAAUUUGAAAGGAGCCAGGUACCUUGAAAAUCAGAAACUUGCUGAAAUUCUUGCUGCAAGGAAAUUGCAAAUCAAGCAGAUCCCUUCUGAUGGUCACUGCAUGUACAAAGCUAUUGAAGACCAACUCAGAAAACAGAAUAGUCUACUAACACUUGUGGAGCUAAGGUCACAGGCAGCUGAAUACAUGAGAACUCACAUGGAUGAUUUCCUACCUUUUCUGACCAACUCCAAUACAGGUGACAUGUAUACGCCCGAUGAAUUUGAGAAGUACUGUCAUGAAGUAGCCAAUACAGCAGCAUGGGGUGGACAACUUGAGUUGAGGGCUUUAUCACAUGUUUUGAAAAUGCCCGUGGAGGUUAUACAAGCUGACUCUACUCCAAUCACAAUAGGUGAAGAAUAUGGAAAGAAACCAAUAAUUCUAGUGUACAUGAGACACGCAUAUGGUUUAGGAGAACAUUAUAACUCUGUACAACAAUUAAAUGACCAAGCUACAGAAGAUACAAGCUAAAUACUAUCAGUAUUCACAUUUUAUAUAUGUGUUUCAUUUUCUCAAUGUUGUACUUUUCCUGUGGAGCUGAAAAUUGUACUUUUGCACGGCUCAUAUGGAAAGUUUAAGAAUAAUGCAUAUCCCACUUGUUUUUCUUGGGUAUAUCAUUUAACAGUGAGAAGACCAAUAAAAACUAAAUGGAGAUUGCAUGUGGUAAUAAGGAUUAAAUGUUUUAGCGAUCCUGCCAUUCAGUAUGUGCUGUGCAUAGUAAUGCAAAUAAAAUUAACAGAAAAUAUGUAACACCAUGUUUUGUGCCAUUGCAUUUUGAAACUGCUGAACUACGACUUUGCUUGUCUCUUUCUGAGAAUGGAUAGAACAGCAUAAUUCAAAGGCAGCCUCUUUUCAAAAUGUUACAAUUUUGUAGUUCUGCUAUAGAAUCAGCAAUUUGCCAUCAUUAAAAAAAUGUCAUCUUUCCUGUUUUCAUUUAUCAAUAUAGAUGCGAUGCAACUCCAUGUAAGUUUCUUUUUCUUUUUCUUCACUGCCUAAACAUUAAUUGAAUACUUGUCUGGAUGGUUGAGUGUCUAAGUCACAGCACAUUAAAGCCAAUUUUAUUGCUCCUCA